AUGGAGGCUAACUCUAUUUUCCCCUAUCGCCCGGCUGCUGGCGCGCAGUUCCAGCUGCCCUUCAAGAUCGGCGAUAAGAUUCGCAUCCAGGAGGAGAUUGACGGCUGGUACCGCGGCAGUCUCAUCAUCGAGGCUCGCGAAGGCGAUUCUGACCGCACUCCGAAGGAGGUGAAGGGCAUCUUCCCCAAGACCUACGUCUCCAUCACGCGCGAGCUCGAUGAUGACCCCAUCACCAAGGAGCUGCGCGGCGUGCUGCGCGAGUGGGGCGCCCUCAUGCGCCAGUACUACCUCGAGAGGCGCAUGAAGGAGUACACCACGAUCAAGGACCGCAUGAAGGUCCUGCUCGACUGGCACCGCAUCAUCACCUCGCCCCAUACGCCCCCUAAAGCGUUGGCUGAACUCAAGCCGCGCGUGAUGAGCAACAUCGAGGAGGGCAGGCGUCUGUUGGGACUCGACAUGAUCGUCAAGACGCCCUCCGGCGAGCCCGCCACCGAGAACAACACGGCCGUGCUCAAGCUCUACCGCAUGCACCAAGAGCUGGCCUCCAAGGACACCACGCCGGGCGCCAACAAGGACGCUUCCGCUGAUAAGGCCAAGGACAAGAACCCCCUUACUGCGUCGCGCGACCUGCUCGGGCAGCAGUCGUCGAUGGUCGACCUCAACGCUAAGAGCGCCAAGCUCAUCAGCGUCACCACGGCCAAGGAGAUCGCCCAGCACUGCCUCCUUCUGGAGCUCAAGCUCUCGAUGUGCCAGGUUGGCGAGCCGACCGAGCUGUACUUCUCCCUGUACAGCGCCAGGAGCGGCCAGAACCUGACCGAAGAAUUCAAGGUGGGCCUCACCGCCAACGGUCUCCCGCCCGACAUCAACGCCAUUGGCACCAUGAAGUCCUGGUUUGAGGUGGCCGAGCUUCACGGUGGUGAUGCCUACUUGGUGUGCCGCAUGGUGCGCAAGGGCCAGCUCGUGUGGGACGACAGCGCCAAGGCCAAGAAAGAGGUCAAGGACGACGAGGCUCUCAGGCGCCCGUUCGCCUGCGGUGUCAUGCCCCUGGCGGAGCUGGGCCUCGGUCUGGGCAAGGAGAGCGAGCAUUCGAUGAAGAUGUUCGCCCCCAAGGAAGAGGAGAAGUUUGGCACCCUUCCCGACCUGAUCAUCCAAAACGUCGCGUCGGCCUACCAGUCGCAGCCCAAGGGCUCGCUCUCGCUCGGCCUCCGUCUCUUCGGCGGCACCUUUGACCACGUCGUCAAGUCGUUCUCCGACUUGAGCAGGUUCCCGCUGCAGCAGAAGCUCAACAUCAACGAUUCGCAGAACCAGAAUCAGGUGGGCCGCAACGACUUGUACAUCACCCUCGACAGCGCCAUCGUCGCCUCCGAAGCGGGCGAUAAGAACCUCGAGCUACUGGUGGGCGUCCGCGACGACAACGGCUACCCGGUCAAUAACUGCUUCAGCUCGGGCACCGGCGAAAAGCCGGUGACCGAGUUCAAGUCGCUUGUACUUCAUAAGUGUGGCAGCCCCGUGUGGAAGGAGACCAUCCGAGUCAACGUCAAGCCCGAGGAUUACCCUCGCUGCCACCUGUACUUUACUUUCCAGAGCGUGGGCAAGAAGGGCGCGAAGGUCAUCAGCAACGGAUUCCUCCGCCUCACCAACGCGGAUGGUACGGUGGCGACCGACGGCACCAAGGAAGUCGCCACCUUCAAGCCUCCGCGCUCUGUGGACGAGCGUGCCUUCUACCUCGAUGCCGCGAGCUCCAACAAGCUGGCGAUCAGGAAGGGCGAAGUCAUCAAGCUCAAGACCACUCUCUGCUCGACCUACCUCACCCAGAACGCGUCGAUGCUUGGCUUGCUGCAGUGGCGCCAGCAGAACGAUCUGGCGGGCAUGCUCAACAAGUUCUCGUUCGUGGAUCAAAACGAGAUCGUCAAGUUCCUCAAGGAGACUUUCGACUCUCUGUUCGCCAUCCUCGUCUCCCCCAGCUGCCAGGGCAACACCAAGCUCUCCCUCCAAGUAUACGACGCCAUUGUGAACACGAUCCAGCUGCUGUACGAUGAGAAGCAGGGCCAGUCCACUCACCGGAGUGCCCUCGACAGCUACAUCAUCCACUACCAGCAGGCGGAGGUCAAGCCCGCCGCAUCGGCCCCGGCGCCGACGGCCGCCUCCGCGGUGCCCAACCACCGACAGAGGAACUCCGUGCUCGGUUCCCCAACCGGCUCCGGCGUGCCUCCCACUUCGCCCGGCCUCCGCAGGCCCGGCGGCUCGCCGGACGACGCCGACAACAACUUCUCCAAGAUGCACAAGAACCUCAUGUUCUGCCUCAAGGAACAGUUCAAGGAGCUGACGACCAGCACCACGCCGUCGCCCAUCUCGGGCAAGAAACUGAUUCCGACCGUGAAGGCUCUGGAGUACUUGCUCAAGUUCAUCCUGGCCUCCCGCAUUCUCUACGACCGCACCAACCCGCAGGACGCUCUCCGCACUAAGGAGGAGUUCAAGUGCGACAUGGCCGGGUUCUUUGACGUCUUCAACGAGCUGAUGGCCCAGAAGGCGGACUGGCUCAUCGGCGCCCAGACGCUCGCCGUCAGGCACUUCUCGCGGUUCUUCGCCCACCUGGAGUCCCUGUUCUCGAUCCAAGAGAGGAGCUCGAUCGCGGGCAAGUUCCUGGAUAGCGUGAAGGGCAACACCACGACCCGACUCAACGUCGAGAAGCUCCUGCUCAUCCACUCCAUCAUCUCCGACUCGCUCUUCCAAAACGCAGGCACGUCACCCCUGCUGGCCGGCCAUUCCUCCCUCUCCCCCCCCCCGGCUCAUAAUAUUUUAAUAUUUGUUGGAUCAGGCGCGCGCAAGCAGCUCAUGCCGGUCGUGCUCUCGAACCUGAAGCACUUCCUCAGCUCGUCGGACAGGCUGGAGGAGAAGCGCGAGUGUAUCUCCGUCCUUUUCCUCCUCCUGGAGCAGCUCCAGACCAACCUUGCCUCGGAGACCAACGUGUGGGACUCGGGCGUGGCGUCGGUCCUGCCGGAGGUACUGCGCUGCAUCGAUCUCAUGGGUCAGCCGGGCCAGCAGGGCGACAAGGCCAUGCAGGCCGACAUCGUCAUGUGCCUCCUGUCGAUCCUCUAUCUCCUGGCGCCCCAGAACUACCAGGGCUUCCUCCACUCCCUCAACGGCGAGGAUAACAUCAGGAACACACUCAUCGCGCUAUUCCGCAACCUGUCGUCGCUGAUCUCCGAGCGGCCCGCCUUCCCCGAGAACUGGUUCGGGCUGCAGAUGUUCCAGUACUCGACCAUCUCGAAGGUCAUCUCCAUCAUGAACGACAUCCUGCCCUUCCGCCUGGGCUUCCUCUCCGCCGAUGGCUCCGGCCCGACCGGCGCCAAGCCCUCCUCGUUCGGCGGCGGCGGCAGCGGCAUCGGCCCUCGCACUGUCGGCGGCCCGACGUCAUCGCUCUCCUCCUCGGUCUCGUCGUCCCCCGGCGGGUCCUCCUUCCGCGGCCCGUCGCCACUCACUUCGUCGUCAUCGGGCACCGCCGGCGGCCCGGCCCCUGCUUCGCCUGCACCCUCGCGCCCGACCCCCGGCGUUCCGUCGCGCGUUGGCGCCUCGCCGGUCUCUGGCGGCCUGGUCUCGUCGUCCCCCUUCAAUUCGCCCGGCGGACCGGCGUCGGCUUCCUACGCAGGGCCGGCCGCGUCAAGCAGCGUGCCCAUCCCGGCCCGCGGCGGUGUGGCGAACCGCUUCCUGCAGGCGGUCAACACGCCGGGUUCGCCCUCGGGCGGCUCACCUGUGUCUUCGCCCUCGCCCUCGCCCUCGCCCUCCCCCUCGUCGCCCGGAUUCCCCAGGCCCGGCGGUCCCGGCGGCGUCGCGGGCGCUCGUCCCGUGCCGGCCACGCCGCCCCGUUCCAUUCCCGGCGCUGGCGGCGCGGCGGCCGACGUCAACCGCAGCUCUUCGAUGUCGCCUCCGCCCAACGGCAGCGCACCCUCGCCCGUCGGCUCUCUGGGCUCUUCUUCCUCCGGCACCAGCGGGCGCUUGUCGAACAGCCCGGCCGCCGGUGGAAGCAGCAUUACAGGUCGUGGGCUGCCACUGCCGGCGAGACGCAAGGCUGCCGCGGAUAGCGGCGAUUCUGCGACGGUGAUGGAGAGGAAGGUGUUCGAGGCCUUCUUCACCCUCACCAUCAACUUCAUCACGGCCGGCCCCCUCACCAUGGAGAAGUUCACCGCCCAGAAGCAGUCCCUCAUCCACACCGAGUACGGUGACAUGCGUCUGCCCGUGAUGGACCACUUCAAGAAGGUCUGGAACGUGCUCGGCCCGAGGCAGACCCUGUUCAUCAAGGCGCUCGUCGGACCGUUCCUCGAGCUAGCCAUGGUGGAGGAGCCGCAGCUCAAGGAGGCCGGCCUCACGCUGUACUUCUCAACGCUGACGCGGGAGUUCAGCGCCACGCGCACCUUCCGCGGAGUCGAAACGCAGACCAUCGACGCCCUGGACAAGAUCGUCAACGAGCGCUUCGCCUCGUCGGCCAGCAACGCCAGCCUGACAGGCCUGAGCAGGAGCGGCUCGACCAUCGGUCGCCCUGUCGGAGCGAUGAUCACCUCGGCAACCUCGACCCAGGCCCAGCAGGCCGCUGACUCCUUCAAGAAAUACUUCAGGGCCACGCUCAACGUGCGCUUCGAAGCCGAGAAGGACGAGGCCCUCAGGGAGCACGGUCUGUCGUUCCUGCAGGACAUGGAGAAGAUCGUGGAUCUGUUCACGGCGCUGCGCGUGCUGCCCAAGGCCUACGAUGACGAUCGCACGGAGGCGACCAUGCAGCUCAUGCAGUACCUCAAGCAGACCGAUCGCCAGGACAAAUACGUCAAGUACAUCCACGAUCUCUGCAAGCAGCACGAGGCCAACGGUCAUUUGGUGGAGGCCGGCCUCACGCUCCUGCUGCACGCCGAGCUGUACGACUGGACCGAGGACACCGUGCCCCCCAUGGGACCCCACCAGAACAGCGAAAUCGCGUGGGAGCGCAAGGAGCGUCUGUACUUCCAGGCGAUCGACUUCUUCGACCAUGGCAAGGCGUGGGAGAAGGCCAUCGACCUCAUGGAAAAGCUGCGCUUCCAGUACCAGCGCAUCUUCUUCGACUACGAGAAGCUCUCCAACGUCCUGGCGCGCCAGGCUCGCUUCUUCAGUUCGAUCGUGAGCGAGGAGCGCUUCUACUCGGACUACUUCUUCGUCGGCUUCUUCGGCAAGGGCUUCCCCGCCAACCUGGCCAACAGGCAGUUCAUCUUCAAGGGCUACGAGCUCGAGCAUUCGAGGGACUUCCAGGCGCGCAUCACGGCGCUCUGGCCCGCCGCGGAGCUCCUCAACUUCACCGAGGCGCCCGGGGAGGAGGUCAAGAACAGCUACAAGCAGCACCUGCAGAUCUACACGGUCAAGGCCGCCUCGGUCGAGGAGAUGGAGGCCAAGGAGAAGGUCGUCAACGAGCGGAUGCCGCCCUCGAUCAAGAAGUUCCUGCAGGGCAACGACGUCAAGGUCUUCGUCUACUCCAAGCCCUUCCGGAAGGACAAGCAGAAGAACAAGGAGAACGAAUUCGAGGACUUGUGGAUCCGCAACUCGUACUUCAUGACCGCCGACGCGUUCCCCGGCAUCAGGCGCCGCGCCGAGAUCGUGGAGUCGCGCAUCAUCGAGGUGACGCCCAUCCAGAACGCCGUCAACUCGAUCCAGUCCAAGAACGAGGAGCUCAAGGAGAUCAUCAUCAAGCACGGGUCGUCGCGCGACCUCAACAUCAACCCGUUCACGAUGGUGCUCAACGGCGUGAUCGACGCCGCCGUCGCUGGAGGCGUGGCCAUGUACCAGAAGGCCUUCCUCACGCCGGCCUACGCCUCGGCCAACCCGGGCGACAUGCCGCUCAUCAACAAGCUCAAGAACAACAUCCUCUACCAGGUCGACAUCCUUGAGAAGGGCUUGAACAUCCACGCGAUCGUGUGCAGCGCCGACAUGGCGGGCCUGCAGGAGCAGCUGGAGAUCAAGUACGAGCAGCUCAAGCGCGGCGUGGAGGAGUACCGCGCGCAGCUGCCCGAGGGCUGGGUGGUGCCCACCUUCAAGCUGCCCUCGUCCAUCUCCGCCGAAAUGUCCGAGGACAUCGCGCGCCUCUCCAAGUCCCCCGCCGUCGCCAAGCUCUCCACCCGCUCUGAGAGCACUGACAUGCUCGACAGGAUCAGCAAUGACAGCAGCGGUGAGAUUCCGACCAUCCCGGCCCUGUCCUCAUCGCCCAACUUCAAGGGCACCGUCAAGGCCAAGAAGGCCAAGAGCGACAAGGAGAAGAAGGAGAAGAAGCCCGCCCGCAAGGACAAGAGCUAA